AUGCGCUGGGAAGUCCUGGCGCUGGUGCUGCCUGACCUGGCGCGGGGCGUCACGUUUUCAGCCCCGCCGCAGCGGCCGGGGGAGCACGGGAUGCAGCUCUCCGGGCACCGCGUGCUGGACCUGAGGCACAACUUCGAGUUCCUCCGCGCAGGCGCCAGCUUUGUGAGGCUGCAGCUAGAAGACUUCCAGUGGCUCCAAGGACCUCUACGCGCAUCUUUCGAGGAGCGCGUGGGCUCCAGUGGCAUUUGCCUGGCAGUGGAUGAUGUGCUCUCCCGAAACUGGGAGCGAGCCUUCCCGCCGGCGCAUGAGUCCAGUUUGCUACCGCAGCUGCAGAAGAUCCGGUCCCAGCUGGUCCCUGAGCUGGUCGCCCUACAGCCGCCGUCCAAGGUCCUGUGCAACAGGCACCUGGUGGAGUCAAAGGCUUGGCAUCGACAAAAGGCCUCGAAGUACGAACUGGAGGAGCUUUGGGCACAACUCUUCGAAGGCCGUCAGGUGCUCACGCUCCUGGACCCCUCGGUCGAGGACGUCGAGGCCAAAAUGGCGCCGGUGGCGCGGGCGCUGCGCACAGCAGCUGCGGUGGCAGCGGCCACGUACCAAAGCGAGGAAGGCCUACUGUCGGAGCUGCGACACUCAGAGGUAGAUUUGGUGCUGCUGCUGGGCUUUCCGCGGCCGCUGGGGGUGCUGCUCAGCGCGACCUUGGAUUGCGUGGUGCAGACCAUCGAUGGCGGUUCGAUGGACAUCCGGCCCUUCAAGCGACGCGCCAUGGCCACGGAGCCGGUCACUUCAGCCGCGCUGGAGGCGACGUCUCCCACCGCUGAGGGGGCCACUCUGCUCUCGGAUACGGACAUCUCGCGGCGCUACCACGCAGCAGUGGCGCAAAACGAGCGACUGCUGGCAGAUGGAGAAGCCGAACACCGGAGGUUGGAGUCCGGGCGCAGCCCGGUGGGGCGCCCCAGCCCCAGCCCUGCGCCGGACUGGGGCAGCGACGUGAAGUCCUGGCAGCUGGAGCGCGAGCGCCUGCUGGGCCAGGUGGCGCAGCUCCAAGGCGCCCUGGACGAGCGAGACGUGGAGCUGGCCACACGGCCCAGCCACCGCCUCACGCAGAUGCUGAGAAACCGAGUGCUGGAGCUGGAGAGGGAGCCCAAGGACACCCGGAGCCUCAUGCGAGAAGAUCGGCGCAAGUACACUGAGCUCUUGCGGGCGCAAUGGGAGGAACAGCUUUCAGCUUUGAGCAAGGGCGAGCUGGUGGAGAAGCUGGUGAGGCUCUUCGCUUCGUCCAACGCCUGGGGCUUCCAGGAGCUCGAGGAGCAGCUGAAGGGUCCCCGAACAGCAACACCCCGGCGGAACGCGGGCCUUCAGGGUGCCCCGCGCACCUGCACAAGGUGCGGCACGCGCGCGCUGGACGACGCCAACUUCUGCCGCCACUGCGGCCAGAAGUUCGGCGAGCCGCUGGCGGCGGACCUGGCGCUGCGCCAGCGCCUGGGCCGCGCGCUGGGCUGCGCGCAGCAGGCCCCCAGCGAGCAGCAGCUGGUGGCCCGGGCCAAGUCCAUGGCGGAGGCGGGGGGUUCGGUCGGCCACAUGGUGCCGCGGCCGGCGGCAGCUUUCACCGCCCUGCGGCGCAUUUCCGCCCAGAGAGUCAGCACGCGGGUGCCGCGGGGUCUGGCGGCCGGGUCCGCCGUUUUGGCCGUCGCCGCCAGCAGGGAGACUUUACGGAAGGACUACGCUCCUCCAAAGCACUGGAUCCGCGAGGUGGAGCUGGAGGUCCGGAUCUUCGAGGGCCGCACCCAGGUGCUCACCCGCAUGCGGCUGGAGCGAAACACAGGUGGAGACCUGCAGCUGGACGGAGAGGGCCUCAAGCUGAAGAAGCUGAAAGUGGGCAAAGAGCUGAGGGAAGGAGAAGGCUACUCCCUGGAAAAGGACAAGCUUGUCAUUUUUUCACACGCUUUGAACUCAGACUGGGUCGAAACGGAGGUGGAGAUUGAGCCAGAGAAGAAUACACAGCUAUCUGGUCUGUACCACAGCGGGAGCAUGUACUGCACCCAGAUGGAGGCGGAAGGCUUCCGGCGAUUCACCUAUUUCUUGGACCGGCCUGACAACAUGGCCGUGUUCUCGGUGCGGUUGGAGGCAGACGCGUCCAAGUGCCCCGUCCUCUUGAGCAAUGGCAACCUGGUCAAGUCUGGCAAACUUGAUGGAGGACGUCAUUUUGCGGUUUGGUCGGAUCCCUUCGCCAAGCCCUCGUACCUCUUCGCCAUCGUGGCAGGGGACUUGGCGUCCAUCCAGGAUGGCUUCGUGACCUCGUCGGGCCGAAACGUGCACUUGGAGGUGUUCGCCGCGGAGGAGGACAAGGACCAACUGUGGCAUGCCAUGCGGUCCCUGCAGAAGGCCAUGAAGUGGGACGAGGAGCGCUUCGGCCUGGAGUACGACCUGGACAUCUACAACAUCGUGGCGGUGAAGGAUUUCAACAUGGGCGCUAUGGAGAACAAGAGCUUGAACGUCUUCAAUACCUCCCUUACCUUGGCCCGGGAAGACACGGCCACGGACGACGACUACGAACGCAUCCAGGGAGUGAUUGGCCACGAAUAUUUCCACAACUGGACGGGCAACCGGGUGACAUGUCGAGAUUGGUUCCAACUCACCCUGAAGGAAGGGCUCACGGUGUACCGGGACCAGGAGUUCUCCUCCACCGUCGGCUCAAGGGCGCGAAAGCGCAUCGAGGACGUGCGCCUGCUGCGGGCGGCCCAGUUCCCCGAGGACGCCUCACCCCUGGCGCACCCCAUCCGCCCUGAGAGGUAUGCUGCGGUGGACAACUUCUACACCUCGACGGUCUACAGGAAGGGCGCAGAGGUGAUCCGCAUGUAUGAGACACUGCUGGGGCGCGAAGGCUUUCGCAAAGGCAUGGACCUCUACUUCAAACGUCACGAUGGCUGUGCUGUGACCUGCGAUGACUUUCGGGCCGCCAUGCAAGAUGCCAACGGCCGGGACUUGAGUCAGUUCGAGCGGUGGUAUUUGCAAGCUGGGACCCCGGUGGUCACGGCCACCGACGACUGGGAUGGGGAGAAGAAGACGUACACGCUGAAGCUCACGCAAUCUAUGCCGGCCACGCCGGGCCAGGAGGACAAGUUGCCCAUGCACAUUCCGGUGCGCGUGGGGCUGCUGGACCGUGAGACGGGCAAGGAGCUCUUGCCCGAUACGGUCCUGGAGCUCACCGAGGGAUCUCAAAGCUUCGAGCUGAAGGUAGAGGCGGACACCAAGCCGUUGCCCUCAUUGCUACGGGGGUUCUCAGCUCCCGUGACCUUGGAGUACGACUACACGGCCGCGGACUUGUCGCAGCUGGCGGCCUCCGACUCCGACGCCUUCGUCCGCUGGGAGGCGCUGCAGCGCCUCGGCGUCGAGGCGGUGCUGGGCGCCUAUGGAGACCACGCGGCGCUUGGCGGCUUUCAGCCGUCGGCUUCGUUCGUGGAAGCAGUGCGACGAAUCGUGGAGGAUCGCGAGACGGAUUUGUCGCUGCUGGCCUACGGCCUAAUUCUGCCCACAGAGGCAACUCUGAUGCAGGUGGCCAAGCCUCCCAUGGACCCCACUCGCCUGCAUGCGGCGCGGAACCGCGUCAGGGAGGUCAUCGCCACCGAGCUGCGUGCAGAGAUGAAGAAGAGAUACGAUGAGUUGACCCCCUCUGAUGACGAGCCCUAUGUGGUUGACGGGCCAAGUGCCAGCAGGAGACGUUUGCGCAACGUGCUUUUGAGCUACCUCUCAACUUCCAAAGACGCUGAAGCUGCCGCUUUGUGCAGCAGGCACUUUAGAAGAGCUAAGGGGAUGACUGACAAACUGGCCGCCUUUGGGUGCUUGUGCUCCAUGCCAGACACGGACGAGGCCAAAGAAGCAGUGGAGACAUUCUUAGCAGAUGCCAAGGGCGAUGCCAAUGUCAUUGACAAGUGGUUUUCCUCCCAGGCGCGAGCGGAUGUGGACAACCUGUUGCCCCGGGUCAAGAAGCUUAUGGAGCAUCCCCAGUUUUCGCUGAAGAACCCGAACCGCCUGCGCUCUGUGAUCAGCGUAUUCAUCAUGUCGCCCCAGUUCCACCUGCCUGACGGCUCAGGAUAUGACUUCCUCACGGAGGUCAUCCCAAAGGUGGAUGCCCUCAACGGCCGCGUGGCCGCGCGCUUGUGCAACGGUUUCCGGUCCUGGCGGCUCUUGGAUGACCAGCGCCAGGCCCUGAUCUUAGAACGCCUGGCGCGGCUACGCGGCCUUAAGCUCUCAAAGGAUGCCAGUGAGGUGGUGGCCAAGAUGCAGGUCUAG